CCGAUCAGUUUGCCGAGAGCCACGCGAGUCGGUGGUGUCGCCGUGGAGAAAGCCGCAAAGUCUAGAGAAAUGAGUCGAGCCUGGCGCUUCAGUUUGCUGAUCUUCUGCCUGGCGUUCAGCUGCCUGGCUGCCCAGGAUGCAGGACUAGGUCUGGGCCCGUCUCGCCCAGCCGAGGCAGCCAAUCCCCUGCUAAAACAAUCCCAAAACACCUUCAUACAGUGGGUUCUGUCGCUGCUGCCCCAGAGACCCGGAAGCUCUGAUGCCGAAAAUGCCACUCUGGCCACCUUGAGCAGUAGCUCUAUGACGCCAUUGGCACCCAGUACGACCUCAACCACCACCACCACCCCGGCACCUUCAUCGAGCACCACCACUACCCGGAGAGCGGCAACAACCCCAGCCCCACCCACCUUGGAUCCUCCCAGAAACUGCAGCGACUGUCUCUGUGGAAUUGCAAACAUCCAGAAGAGGAUCGUCGGUGGCCAGGAGACGGAGGUGCACCAGUACCCCUGGGUAGCCAUGCUGCUGUACGGCGGCAGGUUCUACUGCGCCGCUUCCCUACUGAACGACCAGUUCCUCCUUACCGCCUCUCACUGCGUCUACGGGUUCCGGCGAGAGAGGAUCUCGGUACGGCUGCUCGAGCACGACCGGAAGAUGUCCCACAUGCAGAAGAUCGACCGCAAGGUAGCCGAGGUGAUCACGCAUCCAAAGUACAAUGCCCGAAACUAUGACAACGACAUAGCCAUCAUAAAGCUGGACGAACCGGUGGAGUUCAACGAGGUACUGCAUCCAGUUUGCAUGCCGACGCCGGGUCGGAGUUUCAAGGGCGAGACGGGCAUCGUAACCGGGUGGGGGGCACUUAAAGUGGGUGGACCCACAUCCGAUACACUCCAGGAGGUUCAGGUCCCAAUUUUGUCCCAAGACGAGUGCCGCAAAAGCCGGUACGGAAAUAAGAUUACGGACAAUAUGCUGUGCGGAGGAUACGACGAGGGCGGCAAGGACUCCUGCCAAGGAGACAGCGGCGGUCCCCUGCACAUCGUGGCCAGUGGAACGCGAGAGCAUCAGAUCGCCGGCGUCGUCUCCUGGGGCGAAGGCUGUGCCAAGGCUGGUUAUCCUGGAGUCUACGCCCGGGUGAAUCGCUAUGGCACCUGGAUCAAGAACCUCACCAAACAGGCUUGCCUCUGCCAGCAGGAGACCAAGAAGAUCAAAUAGUGGAUUGUAAAACUAUGAAUACUCUUGUCUGAAAGGGGGAGAAGCAUACCCACUAUUGAAAACUCUCUAAGUUCCUUUCUGAAAGAUAUGUUUUCUUAACAAAAAGCCUAUCAUUUCCCCAAAAAGAAAACAGAAAGCGCUCACCAAGAAAUGAAUUAUUUUCACCGAAAAUAACUUUAAUCUUUCUUGGAAGGUGUGGCCUCUAAGGAUCGUAGGUUUCUCCACUUUGGCAAGAGUAUCUAGACUUCGGCUCCGUCGAAGAUCUCCCAUUCUCAAGCUGUUUUAUAUUUAUUGAUUAAAAGAAAA